UCUGCCCCGCUGCAAUAAAGGCAGAUAGCGGACCAUGGGGAGCAGGGGAAAACUUUUUAUACUGACAUGUUAACGCCAUGACUUUUGAGUAACAUCUAAGUGGGACGAGGCUCCCGGCGUGAGGAGGACAGGGCCUUUUACAGAAAGAAGAAGAAGAAAAGGGAGCACUUGCCAUCAGUUUGGGUACAGGGACGGGAAAAAAGCAACAUUUGAGACGAGUCCAGCAAAAAAGAAAAAAAAAGAAGCGGUGGAAAUCCAGUUUGGACAUUUGAAUGGAAAGAUGAGCUUGCUGUCUGCCAUAGACACGAGUGCCUCCGUGUACCAGCCGGCUCAACUUCUCAACUGGGUCUAUCUCUCCUUACAAGACCCCCACCAGACCAGCGCCUUUGACGCGUUCAGACCCGAACCCAACUCUUCCCACCCGGAUCUCAGUUUCAGCAAGACUCCCGCAGCGGCGGAUUUGAGCUCUUCCCUGAACUCCAACUAUCUCAACAACUUCUUCCAGCUGCAGCGAAAUGAGGCCUUAAACAACAACGUGUAUAAGAACGUGUCUCCCUAUGGCUCCCUGAACAAUAUUGUGGACGGACUCAACUCCCUGACGGACCAUUUCUCAGACCUUUCCCUCUCUUCUGAAACAAGAAAACCGAACAAAAGACCCCCACCCAACUACUUGUGCCACCUGUGCUUCAACAAGGGGCACUAUAUCAAAGACUGCCCUCAGGCCAGACCCAAAGGUGAAGGACUGACACCCUACCAAGGGAAGAAGAGAUGCUUUGGAGAGUACAAGUGCCCUAAGUGUAAGAGGAAGUGGAUGAGUGGCAACUCCUGGGCUAACAUGGGACAAGAAUGUAUCAAAUGCCACAUCAACGUCUAUCCACACAAACAGCGACCUUUAGAGAAGCCAGAUGGCCUGGAUGUGUCUGACCAGAGUAAGGAGCACCCCCAACACCUGUGCGAGAAGUGUAAAGUCCUUGGCUACUACUGCCGCCGUGUGCAAUAAAUAUUCAUCAUUAUUCAGUGGCAGAGAGGAGCCAGCUCCAUCCCAAACCCUGUUUUUUUAUCCACCAUUGAGACAUUAUACAUCCUCCCUUCCCGGUCCACAUCCAGAUUUCCCUCAACACGACAUGGCACCCUUUCUUCUUCACGUCUUCCUCCCAUUGUCUCGGAAACAUCUAAUGUAGACAUUCGGUCUAAUCCUCCCAAAUCUCCUGAUGCCUUCCUUUAUUACCACAUCAAUUAAUUCUGCUCCCUCUUCUCAGCCACUUGUGGAGCAUAGACUUUAGUCAUUUUCCUCCUCUUUCAGUGACAGUACAUCCAAGAAUAUGUUUGAGGGUCACCCUCUAUCUCUUGAAGUGCUCUUCAACACAGCAAAAAAAAAAAAAAAAAGAGGCCAAAAUGAUUGACUUUUUAUGCCUUAUGUAUCAGAACCACAUGAUUUAUUUACUCAAUACUCAAUGUUUAACAACAGAAAAUUAUUAUAUUGAUGAUUUAGCACCGGGGUUGUAUUUCCUUGGCAUCACUGACAGUAUUUGUCUCAAUAGAUUACCUCACCUUGGGGUUUGUUGGCUUUGUGUUUACAGAGAUCCGCUUUCCAUUUCCCUGCCAAGCGAAGUGUGUGGAGAUGUGACGAACAUUUAACCGGGGCCUCUCAUGAUGGCAUAAUGUAUACGAGGCCUUUGAUGUCUUGCCUUAUUAGGGUCAGCAGCACAUCUUAUUAACUGUGAAUUAACCGAGGGAUAAUGUGCCAUGCAUCCCUAGCUUACAUUUGGCCUAUUUAUUUUCUUGUUGUCUCGUGUGCAAUUUGAAUUUUAACUGGGACAUAAAGAGACAUUUUUGUAUGUUUGUAUAUCGCAUUAUUGUGUAACUGCUUCCACUUGUCUUUAGAAACUACUGUAGGUUCAGUUGUAUAAAACGCUCCUUGGGCUAGAUUUAGUGCAUUGCUAAUAGAUAACUUUUCAUUUAUCCUAUUCCUAUUUUUGUUGUUGUUCUUGCCUCUCAUAUAUUUGUUAGCGUUGGAAAAAAUAGACACUAGAUAGGCAGAAGAAGCUGUGGGGAAAAAUGGUUCAGUAAUUGUUGGCAGUCACAUAUUUUCCUUGUUUCAAAAUUAUUGAUAAAAUGCUUGCCACAGCUUGUUUAGCAUUGAUAAACAUGAUUUUGGACCCUAAACUGUUCACAUAAAUCCUGAAUAUAUUUUAACCACAAGAUAGCAAAAUACAAAAGGAGCUGUUUGCUUGACAGAGAUUCAGAGAGACUUUUUUAUCCAAGUUUUAGUGUCAGUUGAUGUCUGGCAGCCUCAGUGGAGUCGGUGAAGCAAGAUGGAAAACUUUCCAAGGGCUUGCACACUGAAGAAACUAUGUCCAACAGCUAAUUGCGGCGUAGAGUGCCUAAAGGGAGGUGAAGCUUUGGAGAACUUUGGUUUUCAGGUUUGUCGAGAGACAGAAGAGCUGGUUUGUGAUAUGUUGAUGCUGAAAAUUCAUGGCUGUAUUGAAAUUUAUGGUGAUUUAAGUUUACAUUCAUUUUUAUGGGGCCUAAUAUCAUAAACCAUAUCUUUAAAGUGGAACUAUUAUGUAUUUUUUUCCUCAUUUCUUGUUAUACAUAUAUAUACAUCCAGGCAUCCCUGAAACAGAGAAUUUUCCAGGUUAGCAAGCCAGUUUCCACAUAAAGACGAUAUGCCAUGUUCUGACUAAAGUAUUUCUAAAAAACAAGCACAACAUUUGGCGUAAACAAAGAUGCAAAACAAAAAAGCAGUGACAUUUGGAGUAUCAUAGAGUAGACAUUUGGAUUAUUGAAGUUGGGCUAGCAGACGAUGCUAAAAAUAUGCUACCUGGUGGCUAGCUUUAGAGCUAGCUAUUAGCUUAAGCUAAUAUAAACACAUUUGCUAACAAAAAAUUUAAGAAUUGAGUUAAAUUGUUCAUGCUGUUCAGCUGGGAGAGAUAAAGCCAUUACAGAGCAGGAAGACGAUGCUAAAAACGGAUCAAAUUUCAGCCAAAAGAGCAUCUUAGAUUAGCACAACCGCUACAAUAAUAUGUGACUGUAUGGUUUGGAUUACUUGCUGUAAAAAGUCCUGAUCCUAAUCCCAAGGUCCACACUGAAAUCUUGGUGUGAUUCUUUUGUGAAUCCUUCAAAUAUUUGGCAGUCGGGGCAAGGUAUCAAAACACAUUAAAAAGAUGUCAACCUCAACCAGUGCAGUGGGAACCUGGACCAGGAAACAGGGCUGAUCCUAAAGGAGCUAUAAUGCCAUUUUUAAGAUCGUAGGGGUCCCCUGAAAAAUAUUUAUUUUAAACCUAAACAUCCAAAAGUACUCCACUGUAGCCCACAAAUAAAAACCCUCAUCUGGAAAUGAGCAUAAUAGAGCCACUUUAAAGAAAAAGGAAUACCCACUGUGGUUCCAUAUAUCACUAUGCAGAUGUGAAGCACUAAAGAGGAAACUAUUUUAGUUAUCAUUUAUGGAAAUCUGCUUUUCAAGGAUCCUUGGUAUAGGAAUUGUGAACUGUUUUAUAUGUACUGUAUUUCUAGCCUUACAAAAACUGGCUGACAAUAUUUUAUACUAUAACAUACUGUAUGUGCCUUAAAACGAUUGUGUCAAGGCUAAGAGGCCAUUUGAAGUUUCAAAGAUUUGUGGCGAGAGACUCAGAGGUGGAGCAGUAUUAUGUGCAUGUGGUUAACUGUGAUGCAGAGUAAGUUUGUUGUAGGUUCAAGAUGUGACACAGGACAGAAAAACGAUAAAGCUCCGCUAUUAGCGGUUGAACUGGCAUAGUGGGUGUUCGAUUCAUGUUGGAGGCACAGGCUGAAACAGCAUUUCCAGCUGGCAAAAACAAUCUUACUGUGGUCUGUUGUCAUGGAAUAUCAACAGAGAUGUUAUUUCUUAGUCGAUCCUCACAACAGAAUGAAGUUGACACAAACUGUGGACCUCACUCAUUGUUAUUUUUAUCUGUUAUCGUUAUGUUUUUUCAAGGAAACCGUGGGUUUUGUGAAAAAACACACAUUGUUACUUGCUUUAGUGGAAAUGGAUGAUACUGGUGCAUUACACUGUUGGGAAAUUUAACUAAAUUCCAUCUGUUGAUUUAAAAGGGCACUCCAGUGAUUUACUAUUCCAGCUUCACCAGUUGGGAGGCCUGCAGAAGACACUAAAUAACAGUGCAUGCAGCAGUGGAUGAAAUAUCUUUACUUUCAGUUUGGCUCAAGCUCCAAAAAUGCAUCGACUAUUAUGCAACUCAGUAGCCUUUUAAAGUAAGCUCCAUAGACUGUAUAUAAACAAUGGAUUUCAAAAGCAGCGUCAGUGUUAAGACAUCUUAAAUUUACAUUCUUUGUAAUUGCCAAUAGAGGAUCGACUUCUGUGGUUGUAAAUGGACUUGAAGUCCAAAAGCACUUUUUACCACAAACCUCAUUCACCCAAUCAAACACAAAGCACUUUUACUGUUACUGUAGGCUCUGUAUAUUACUUACGUACAAACUCACAUCCCGAUGAAUGCAUCGGGAGCAACUUGAGCUUCAGUAACUUGCCAAAGGAUUCUUUGGCAUGCAGAUUAGAGGAGCCAGGGAUCCAUUUGGUAGAUGACCUGCUCUACCUCCUAAACCACAACCAGAGAAAAUGACCCACCAGCUCAUUUUGAGUAUUGAGGUUUAUUUGUAUUUCCCAGCUGGUUGCUGGCAGUUGUUGGGAUAUUAUUGCUAAAGUCUGAAUUGUGGAGAUCUACAGAUCAGUCAGUGACCCCCUGGCAACCACCUGUUGCAAGAAUCCUGUAUUCCCCAGCUGAUUAGCAAAAAACCUCCAAAAAAAUGGAGGCUUGCCUUCAAAGUUGCACGUUUUCAAACAUGUUAGCUCUCCCUGGCAACCACUAGGGACUCCCUGGCCCCUACUGGUCGCCAAGGGGUCCCCACAUUUUUCUUUGCUGAGGAAAAAUGUGUAUUUUGCAACUGGUUGGUAAAAAACUUGUUGAUAUACCUUUGGUCACUAGCAGAUGGUCAUAGUUACUCUUAGUUUGCAUGGAAUGAGCUGACUUGUCCACAAACACUGGCCAGCUAAUCUCUGCAGGGAAGUGACACAAACUGGAAACAGAGAAUGUUUUCUUUAAAAGUAGAAGUUGUGUCUUCUGCUUUUAGUUUGCAAGUUGAAUGUUCUCUGUUUCUAGUUUGCAUCAGUGUUUGCAGAGAAGGAAGGCGUCGUCUUUCACGCAAACUAUAACCAACUGCAGCAAUCUGCUAGUGACCAACGCGAUUGCGAGGUGGUUUCUGGUGCAGUGCCCUCUUUGCAACCAGUUUUACUCAGCCACAGGAACCACUUGCCAACUAGGCAGGAAAUAUACAUUUUUCCCUCAUGACCAUUGGUUGUAUCACGUCCAAUAUGGUGGAAAACUCUGAAAUCACACGAGGAACCUCAAAAACCCCACAAAGUCAUUCUUACUUCUCAAUCACUGAUUUCAAGUCUUAUUUAAUACAGUGUGAUUUUUUUUAAAAUAUGGCCCAUCUUUCAAAUUCACUUGAUGAACAAGUUGGCCAAAAUACUCAACUCGUAGAUCAGAAUCAAAGUCCAAAAACCUUGACUUGUCCAAGUCCAUCUUCUAUAUACAGUCUAUGCUAGACUCCCCAGCCUACUAAAUGCUGACAAUAAAACUCCUCAGUUUUUAACACAGGCUUUUUGAUUUUCUCUCACGUGACAAUGAGCCUCCACAGCCCCAAAAGAUAUUACAGUAGCUAAAGGACAAAUCUGUGGAGUGUCCCUUUGAAGGAGUAACUGAAAGCACUUCGUUGCAUUUAUAGUAAAGACCCAAUUUUUAUGAAAGAUUCACCACUGUUGGGAACAACCCAUUUUUCUUCUUAUUGUCUGUUUUUGUUCUGUGUAAUGACACUAGGCUAACAGGUCUCCCAUAACCUUAUUUUCAUCAGACCAUGUGGCUGUAGUGAAAGGAAUACAUACCAAUUAUGCCUUAUGAACUAACCUCAUAAACAAAUAACAUUAUUGGUUAUUGUGAAUCACGUUAAUGUUGAUAAAUCCUGUCAGAGAGUUCGAUUCCGCCCAGAGACAUGUUAUGAGGAGGUCAUUUAAAAUGGCAACUCAAGAGCCAAUGGAAGCAGCUGAUGCAUUUUAAAAGAAAAAGAAAGAAAGAAAGAAAGAAAGAAAGAAAGAAAGAGAAAUCUCUGCUUUCAGACGUAGUGUCUUGAAUUACAUAUACUUGACUUUUCUAGUACCUUUUCAGUUCAAAAUUGUUAUUUUCUAUGAAUGAGAUGUGUAUUUUGGAACUCUUAAUAGAUGUUGAAAAUUUUAAAGCAAUCUGCAAAAAAUCAAGAGUUAUUUCCCUGACAAAGAUCGACUGUUUUAUGUAUAUAUUUGAUGGCCAUCGUUUUCAAUGAUAGUAGCUCUUUUGAAGUGUUGAAGCAAUAUCAAAGCUUUUUCUCUUUCCGGCGUGAAGAAGGGCCUAUUGCUGAGAAAUAAUCAAAGCUGGGAGUUGUUGUUUUUUUUCUUCUUCUUUAUGUUUUACAAUAAUCUGAAGGGUUAUCCUGCAGAAAUAUUUAUGGAAAGACUUUUUACAACACUUUUUGUAUAGAAUAUGCAACAAAGUUACACUAAGAAGGAAAUAUUGAUGUCUACAUAGAAUAUUAUUAAAAAGAAAAAAAAGCUGGUACAUAAUUAAUAACCUUUCUCAAUUAUAAGCCAUUGUAUUUUUUUUCCUGUGUGUGUGUUUUUGAUUUAUUGAUGUUAUCAGUGUUGAAUAACCCAUUAUUCAGUUGCUAUGUGACUAAUUAUGAGCUGCCAUAUGCAUCCAUACAGCCACGUGUAUUCAUUUUGUAAACGAUAUUAUGAAAAUAUGUGUUAACAUGCAGAAAAGUCUGUUUUUCUUAAUUAGUGACGGAUACUCACCACUGUAUAAACGCAUUAAACUGUGAGAUGUAGUUUGGUUAAAGCAGCGAUAACAAGAAACUAUUAUAAAAUGUUAUAUUGGUAGUGUAGCGAGUGUAUACUUCUGUCAAGGAAGCGUGUGUGACAAAGAACUAUUUUAGAGUUUGCAUGUGCAUGUGUUUUGGUUUUGAAUGAAAUAUCCCCUUUUUUGUGCAAUGUAUACCUAUUUAAAUACCUUACAGUAGUUUGCUAAAGUAAAUAUUGUUUUUAACAUUAUCAGCAACGUCUGAUUGUUAUUAGUCCUCAUUUACCGCAAAUGUAGCCUCUGCAGAUAAUACAUAUUUACUGAAUGUAACGUGUUAACACUUAAGUGGUCGGGUCGGAGAGUCUCGUUUGUAUUCUUUACUGUCUGUAUCACUUGAGAUGUUUGUCAUGCAGUAUUGCAAUAAUAUAAUAUUUGAUUUGGACAGAACGCAGGCGUGCGGUCGGGAAAGACAAUGAUUAUGGGAAGCAAGGACAGUCGUGGCCUCGAGAGUCGACCACAGGUCUGUUUUUCAUGUCCAUGAAAACGGCAUUCCAAAAUGUGCCUUAUUUGUUAGUUGGGAAAACAUUUUAGUGCUGUUCAGAGUUUGAUGAAUAAAAGUCACAUUGAAUUAAA